CAAUGCAACAAUACCCGACCCGACCACAUAAUCCUUUAUCGGUUUAUAUUCUUCCCUGUUUUUAACGCAGCAUCUCUGUUUCAUUCUUCCAUUAACGCCUCCCGGAUUCUCAAUGGCCAGAAAGGGUCGUGGGAAUUCCGCGUACGUCGUCGUUUCGCUUCUCAUCUUCUUCGGCUUGCUCUACAACCGUUGCAUCUAUCACGCCGCCGUUUCUCACUACGCCGUUCACUUUUCCGGCGUCGCUCAGCCCCGAACCACCAAAAGCGCCGCCGACUUUACGGCCAAUAAACUCAUCACUGAGAAUUUCAGACUGGGAGCCGCCCCUGGUCGUCGAGUGGUCCCCACCGCGCCGUCGAUUCCGGCGGUCUCCGUCGCGGUUCCGGACUAUGAGGUAUUUGUGGUCGCCUCGCCGGAAUAUUCUCCGCUGUCUUGGGAUGAAGAUGACCCCUACGUCUGCCUCUUCGAGCAGGGAGAAACCUCGCCGGCGAUCCCCGUCGGAGUGUUGCCGUUCCCUGAUCGGUCACUGUUCAAGUGCGAGUAUCCAGGGAACGCUCGCCGGAGAAAGGUGACGAAGCAGCCGAUUUUGACUCUCUCGUCUUCUCUGAUCAAUUUCACUUCUUCCCCGAAAAAUUCACAACCGCCUCUACUCCAGUGGAAUUUUCUGGCAUACGACUCUAUCACGACCGAGAACGACGUCGUUUUGUUCGUGAAAGGCGUCAAUAACCGUCAAGGUAUCAACCGGAACCCAUCAGAAUUCCGUUGCGUUUUCUUCCUCGGAGAUGAAACAAUCAAAACGAACGUCACCAGCUCAAUACAAGAGGUCUUUCGCUGUAAGUUACCGGAAUUCCCCGCCGGGAAACAGCUCAUCAAAGUCUCCCUAGAAAUUGUGGGACCCAAUCCGGUCAUCGUCCCGACUGUCACGUUUUACAACCCACCACUCCACCUAGCCGAACCGGGAAACCGGGCCGGGAAGUCCAAGCUCUGCGCCGCCACCAUGGUCUAUAACGUCGCGAAAAACUUAAAAGAAUGGGUUAUGUACCAUUCCAGAAUUGGAGUCGAAAGAUUCAUACUUUACGACAAUAACAGCGACGACGAAUUGCCACAAACAGUGAAAAACCUGGUACACCAACAACAACAAGAAGGUAUCGAUAUAACAACCUAUUUUUGGCCGUGGCCGAAAACUCAAGAAUCUGGGUUUUCACACAGCACGGUAUACGCUAAUAGCUCGUGUUCAUGGAUGAUCUUCACCGACGUGGACGAGUUUCUGUACUCGAAAUCGUGGGACGAUUUUAAAGAGCCGUCGCGAUCGCUGUUACGCUCUGUGUUACCGGAAACCGGCGACGUGGCGCAACUCAGCGUUCCUUGUCUCGAGUUUGGGCCGUCGAACCGGACUUCCCAUCCGCCGGCGGGCGUAACGCAGGGGUAUAAUUGCCGGCGACGGAGGGACAACCGGCACAAAUCGAUUGUUUUAUUGGACGCCGUGGAUUCUUCAUUGGCUAACGUGAUUCAUCAUUUCGAGUUGAAGCCGGGGUUCAAGACGGCGAAGGUGAAGCUCGAGGAUAUGGCGGUGAACCAUUAUAAGUAUCAGGCGUGGCCGGAGUUUAAGGCGAAGUUCCGGCGGCGGGUUUCGGCGUACGUCAUUGAUUGGACCCGACAGGAGAAUCCGAAUUCGAAUGACCGGACUCCCGGUCUAGGGUACAGGCCGGUCGAGCCGGAGGGAUGGCCGAUGAGAUUCUGUGAAGUGUACGACGAGGGGUUGAAAUUGCUGACGCGGAGAUGGUUCGGCGUGGAAUCUCCGGCGGGUCUCCGAUUGGCUUGGCAGAGUAGAUGAUGCCAUGAUGGUCCAACCUUAAAACCCUAUUUAAUUAAUUAAUUUUUUUAAAGAUUCUUUUUCUUUUUGGGGUAUUUUAAUUUACAUAAUUUUGCUUUAAGGUUGUUGUUUUGUGGAUUUUUAUUGUAGAUAUACUGAUUAUAUAUUCUUUUUUGUUAUUUUAAUCCCAUAAUUGAAUGGGAGAUGAUAGAUAACAUUCUUCUGU